AUUUCUCGAUAUUUGUAACACCUUCUUUUGCUUUUUGGCCAUGUGUUUCUUCCCCUGCGUGUUGGUUUUUCAAUUAAUUAAUUGGAUGGAUUGCGUUGUCAUGUAGCAAGAUCGCAAAUGAUCCUAAUGACUUGGGUUUGCUUUCAAGUAAUUUGGUUUGCUGAAUUUGCUUUGCCUGAUAAAUUAAGCUGCAUAUGUUAUAGAUAUGAUCUUGAUGGGCUCUGAUUUAUUACUCACUUCACGUUCAAUAUUAUGGUGCGCGCGGGUGCGUGUAUUUCCCUUUCCGGUUAACCUGGAUUUUAUAAAGAUUCAGGACAACGAGUAAUUCAUAAUGGUGAUCCCCACUUUCUAAUUAUGGCAUGUGCAUGCAUGCAUGAUUCUUAGUGGACUUUAUGAAGACGUGGAUGGCGGAAGCUAAGAAACAAAGUUUUCUCAUAUUUGUUUCAUCUCGAGUGCAUUAAUUGGCUUGCUUUCGACAAUAAUUGAGUUGAUUUACGUGCGCUGCUUUCGACAAUAAUUAUUGGAUCGAAUCAGUUUCUUCCUAUCGAGCGACAAGACUAAACUUCUUGGGGCGCCAAUUUUUGGUUAAAUUUUUACUAUAAAUCCCUGAUUUAUAGCUAGUGUCCAGGUCGUUGUGUUUGUUAAGGAAAAAAGAAGUUAGCUUUUCGGGCGUGUCACUUGUCAAUUAUUCUUCAAAUUAAAAUAGAUUUUGCCACGGGAAAUUGAAGUACUACAUGAAAAUUUUCUAUUUUAAGUAAUAUAAAUUAGUGGUUUAUUGCAUCUGUGGUGAUCGCCAAGUCUGGUAUGUUUUAUUUGCCUUUACAUGCGAGGAGUCUCUGUAUGCUGAUCAUUGUUUCUGCCUCCACAGUUGAGCAGAAAAUUGAUUUAUACUGAAGCAUGAGACAAAAAUUGGACCCUGCAAACCGUUAUGAAUCAGAUCUAUGGAGCAACAAACUAUAUACGACCUGUUCUCAAGCUUGGUGGCAUGGCACAGGGCACGGUGCCUUCUCUAAAGAGAUGGCAGGGCAAGUCAAAAUGAAUUCUUUUGUGCCGCAUUGGGAUGGUAGUUUUGGGAACCCGACCAGUACUUCACACGCUAUGACUUUGCUGGCUGAAGGGAAGGAAGCCACCAAAGAGAAAGGUAGAGAAAAGUAUCAAGAGCAUCAACAGCAGCAAUUUGCUGUCCGUACUAUGCCUUCUACAGUAAAUGAAUUUCUUGCGCCACCUAGACAGCCGGAGCUUGUUGGCCAUUCAACAGCAUGCGCAUCUUACCCUUAUCCAGAUCCACAGCAUAGGGGAGCAAUUCCUACUUUUGGACUUCAGCCUUUGUUACAUCCUGCUGGUCUUGGAGUGAAUUCCUCUAGAAUGGUUUUACCAUUGCAAAUGGAAGAAGAACCUGUUUAUGUUAAUGCCAAGCAAUACCAUGGAAUUUUGAGGCGUAGGCAAUCCCGUGCCAAGGCUGAGCUUGAAAAGAAGGUGAUAAAAGCGAGAAAGCCUUAUCUUCAUGAGUCUCGACAUUUGCAUGCCUUGAGACGAGCAAGAGGGUGUGGAGGCCGUUUUCUGACAACAAAGAAGGCUGAUGGUCCUGCUGCAAAUACAGCAAACAAGAACCAGGAAACUAUUAGUUCAGACCCCAAAGGCACAUCUCCCAAUUUGUCUGCCAUUGCUGACUCAAAUUCUGGUUCCCGAGAAAUCUUCAAUUCCCCCCAAUCAGACGUGCACUCCAGGUCUAAUGGCAGCAAUUAUUACUCGCACAUUCAGGGAUCUGAGCUGUCUGGUUAUCAACCUCUCUCAAGUGAUAGAGGAAGCCGAAAGGAUUUCUCUGGUGCUUGCAGGGCCCUGAGCAUUAAAUAAUGAAACGAACCUUUCAUGGGGUCUCAAGGUUCUUCUCCAACAGUUAUGAGGUCUUGAUGUUAGUGUUCUUGGAAGGCUUGUACUUGAGGUGUAUCAUAAUAGGAAAAAUCACUAUGAAAUUCUAAGAAAGGAAUGUAAUCACCAAAAAAUCCUAUUGUGGAAAUUUUUGGUGAUUACAUUCUUUCUUUUGGACUUCAUAAUUAUUUUCCCAUCAUAAUAAUCUUAAAGGGGCAAAGAUAGGGAGGCAGGCAUUCACAUGAAGGAUCGCGAGGUAGACAUUGACCCGACUGAGGAGAUAGGAUCAUGCCAACUUUGUAUGUUAUAUGGUUAUUGUCGCGGGAAGUCAUUCUUGGCUUGGCUUUCUGCCCUCAGAUCUUCAUCGUCUUGAAACCUUGUGAGGUGCUGGCGUUUUUACAAAUAAGUUGUAGGGGACUGUAUUAAGAGUAGUUUAAUCUCUUCGUGGAAUGGACAGGGUAAAUAAUAAACUAAUAGUUGACUGAUGUGAAGAUCCCACGAUAAAGAGCAAGGCAGGAUGCUAGAAGUAACGUUGAUGAGUUUUAUCUACACAUGUAAAGAAGUACUUUGUUGACAGUUUUUAAUGUGAAAACCAUUAUUAAUGUAGAAAUAGGAAAAUUAGGUUGACAGUU